AUGUCCACCCUAGACACUCAAGGAUGGUGUGUUGAAGAAUGGCGCACUUUCCAUGCCCGCUCCACGCCGCAAAAGGGUUUAGACCAGCUUCUAGCCUUGCUAAAUUCGCAGAAAGUGGCGCCUGAGGAUCCAGCCUGGAUUUCGGUGGUCUCACCAGAGCAGCUGACCCAUCAAUGGCGGGUUUUACAGAGUAAACGUGAUAAGCAGCUUCUGCCGCUGUACGGUGUCCCUGUCGCCGUCAAAGAUAACAUUGACGUUGCUGGAUCGUUUACGACGGCAGCGUGUCCGAGCUUUUCGUACGAGCCCACUAGAGAUGCUACGACAGUUUCGCUGUUGAGAGACGCUGGAGCUAUCAUAGUGGGUAAGACCAAUCUGGACCAAUUCGCCACGGGUUUGGUGGGCACCAGGUCGCCCUACGGGAAAACUCCAUGCGUUUUUAGCGACAAACACGUUUCUGGAGGUUCCUCAGCAGGCUCCUCGUCGGUCGUGGCGCGCGGGAUCGUGCCCCUGGCGCUGGGGACCGAUACAGCCGGUUCAGGACGUGUUCCGGCGGCAUUGAAUAAUCUUGUGGGGCUAAAACCCUCCAAGGGUGUCUUUUCGUGCUCAGGUGUUGUACCUGCAUGCAAAUCGCUAGAUUGCGUUUCCGUUUUUGCCUUAAACUUGCGUGACGCCCAAAUUGCAUUCCAAGUAAUGGCCCAUUCAGAUGGUGCGAACGACGAGUACUCGCGUGCCAUGCCAGCUAACCCACUCCAGCAUUACCGCAAGGAUUGUAUUGUGGCUAUACCACAAUCGGUGCCUUGGUUCACAGAAGAAGGACAAGAAACCCCUCGUUUAUACCAACAAGCAGUCGCCAAUUUGAAAGCCACAGGUGCUCAAAUUGUAGAGGUCGAUUUCCAGCCAUUAUUGGAUUUGGCCCGGUGCUUGUACGAGGGUGCUUGGGUCGCAGAACGCUAUGAAGCUACUCGCGACUUCUUGAAGACCAACCCAGAUCCUACCACUUUGGACCCUACUGUAACGACCAUUAUCAAAACCGGAGCCAACUUUGACGCCGCCGAUGCUUUCAGAUAUGAGUACAAGCGUCAAGGAAUUCUACAGAAAGUAACCACGUUACUCGCGGAUAUCGAUGUUCUAUGCGUUCCAACCUGCCCUCUAAACCCAACAUUCGACGAAGUGGCUGCGGAACCAAUCAAAGUCAACUCUCAGCAAGGAACCUGGACUAAUUUUGUUAAUCUUGCAGACAUGGCUGCUCUUGCAGUCCCCGCCGGUUUUCGUAGUGACGGUCUGCCCGUAGGCAUCACAUUGAUCGGCAAGGCUUUCACAGACUACGCUUUACUAGGCCUUGCCUACCGCUAUUUCAAAAAAGCUUUCCCUAAUAAUUCGAGAACUUACGGCCGAUUCACAGACCGUUCAGUCACCACACAAGAUGAGCUGCAAGCUAUUCCGUAUAGCACAGAAGAUUCUAUCAAACUAGCGGUCGUGGGUGCUCAUCUGAAAAACUUGCCGCUACAUUGGCAACUAGAAAAGGUUAAUGCUUCCUACCUAGGAAGUCCCAAGACCUCCCCCAAUUACAGACUUUAUGCUCUACCAAAGACUGGUCCUGUAUUAAAGCCUGGCCUGAGAAGAGUAACUGACGACGGUAAAGGCGCCCAGAUUCAACUUGAGGUUUAUAGCGUCCCCAAAGACCAAUUCGGCACAUUUAUUGCCAUGGUUCCAGAACCUUUAGGAAUCGGCUCAGUUGAGCUCGAGUCAGGAGAGUGGGUCAAGUCGUUCAUCUGCGAAGAAUUUGGAUAUCAACAAAAGGGCACCGUAGAUAUCACCAAGUAUGGUGGGUUCAAGGCUUAUGUCGAGGAACAGUCUUUGGAAGCCGCCAAAGCCAUUAAACCUUUUGAGACUGUCUUGGUUGCUAACAGAGGUGAAAUUGCCGUGCGCAUUAUCAAGACUUUAAAAAAGCUCAAGAUUAAAUCGGUCGCAGUUUAUUCCGACCUAGACAAGUUUUCCCAGCACGUCACUGAUGCCGACGUUGCUAUCAACUUGAAAGGUCAUACCGCUGCUGAGACGUACCUAGACAUUGAUAAAAUUAUCAACGCCGCCCAUCAAACAGGUGCACAAGCCAUCAUCCCAGGCUAUGGAUUUCUAUCCGAAAAUGCCGACUUUUCGGAUAGAUGUGCAAAUGAGGGUAUCAACUUCGUCGGUCCUGCAGGUGACGCAAUUAGAAAACUGGGCCUGAAGCACUCCGCCAGAGAGAUCGCAAAAGAAGCCGGCGUACCAUUAGUUCCUGGAUCAGGACUGGUAAGCACAUCACAGGAAGCAAAGAAAAUUGCUGCAGAGCUAGAGUACCCCAUAAUGGUAAAAUCCACUGCCGGUGGCGGUGGAAUUGGUCUACAAAAGGUUGACUCUGAAAAGGACAUUGAAAGGGUCUUCGAGACCGUACAGCACCAGGGAAAGGCCUACUUUGGCGACUCCGGCGUAUUCCUGGAGAGAUUUGUUGAGAAUGCUAGACAUGUUGAGAUUCAAAUGAUGGGUGAUGGUAAGGGUAAAGCAAUCGCUAUUGGCGAACGUGACUGUUCUCUGCAGCGUAGAAACCAGAAGGUUAUCGAAGAAACUCCUGCUCCAAAUUUGAGCGAAAAGACUAGACAAAGGAUGCGCACAGCAUCUGAAAAGCUAGGAGCUUUAUUGAAAUACAAGUGUGCUGGUACUGUUGAGUUUAUCUAUGAUGAAGCGAGAGACGAAUUUUACUUUCUAGAGGUCAAUGCCAGACUACAAGUUGAGCAUCCAAUUACCGAAAUGGUCACUGGUUUAGACCUUGUUGAGUGGAUGUUAUUGAUUGCUGCAGGCACCCCCCCUGACUUCGAAAAUACAAAUAUUACUGUCCAGGGCGCUUCUAUUGAAGCUCGCCUCUACGCAGAAAACCCUGUCAAAGAUUUUAGACCCUCUCCAGGUCAAUUGACGGACGUCAAAUUUCCAGACUGGGCUAGAGUCGACACAUGGGUAUCUAAGGGUACAACUGUCUCAGCCGAAUACGACCCGACUUUGGCAAAAAUCAUUGUUCAUGGUAAGGAUCGCGAUGAUGCAAUUCAGAAAUUGAACCAAGCGUUGAAUGAAACCGCCAUUUAUGGAUGUAUCACCAAUAUUGAUUACCUGAGAUCGAUUGCUUCUUCUGAAAUGUUUAAAACUGCGAAAGUUGCAACAAAGGUUUUAGAUUCUUAUGAUUACAGACCCUCUGCCUUCGAAAUGCUUACACCAGGUGCAUAUACCACUGUACAGGAUUAUCCAGGUAGAGUUGGCCACUGGAGAAUCGGUGUUCCACCAUCUGGUCCUAUGGACUCCUAUUCCUUUAGACUCGCUAAUCGAAUUGUAGGAAACCACUACAAAACUCCAGGUAUUGAAAUUACUCUAAACGGGCCCAAGAUAGUUUUUCACACAGAUGUGGUCAUUGCACUUACUGGUGGCACAGCUCCUUGCACUGUCAACGACCAGCCCAUUGAGCAAAAUAUACCCAUUUACAUCAAGAGAGGUGAUCAACUAGCUGUCGGUAAGUUGACUAAAGGGUGCCGUAUGUAUUUGGCUAUCAGGGGUGGUAUCGAUGUCCCCGAAUAUCUUGGAUCAAGAUCCACUUUUGCAUUGGGAAAUAUGGGAGGCUAUAAUGGAAGAGUCUUGAAGUUAGGAGAUGUCCUAUUUUUGAAUCAACCCGAGCUUCCUUCCUCCUCAAUGCCCGCACCCGAAUACGAACCAAGCAACGCGCCCACUGAUAUGAUUCCAGUUAUAAGCGAAACGAAAAUAUGGCAGAUCGGUGUCACCUGCGGGCCCCAUGGCUCUCCUGACUUUUUCAAGCCCGAGUCCAUCGAGGACUUUUUUAGUGAGAAAUGGAAGGUUCAUUACAACUCUAACAGAUUUGGUGUUAGACUCAUCGGUCCAAAGCCAAAGUGGGCUAGAACUGACGGUGGUGAAGGAGGGCUCCAUCCAUCUAACGCUCACGAUUACGUGUACUCUAUGGGUGCUAUCAAUUUCACUGGUGAUGAACCCGUCAUCAUCACAUCUGAUGGUCCAUCCUUAGGUGGCUUUGUUUGCCAAGCUGUUGUUCCUGAGGGCGAGCUGUGGAAGGUCGGCCAAGUGAAGCCUGGCGACUCUAUUCAAUUUGUUCCUAUCUCUUAUGACUCCGCUAGGUUUUUAAAGGAGUCUCAAGAUAAGGCAAUUCUCGCUUUUGAGAAUGGUAUUUUGAAGACGUUGGUUUCUGAUCUUAUCUUGCCGACCUACGAAAAUCCCAUCUUGGCGCAGGUAGAGAAAAAGUCGGACUUCUCGCCAAAGGUGACUUUCCGUCAGGCUGGCGACCGUUAUAUUUUGAUCGAGUACGGUGCGAAUCAAAUGGAUUUGAAUCUUUCAUACCGUGUUAACAGAUUGAUAAGCCUAGUCGAGAAAAAUAAGACAGUUGGAAUCGUUGAAAUGUCUCAGGGUGUGCGUUCGGUUUUGGUAGAAUUUAAUGGCUACGAGGUGACUCAAAAGAAAUUAUUGGAAGCUCUACUUGCCUACGAGAAGGAGAUAAAGUUUGACAAUCAUUGGUCGAUCAAAUCGAAAGUGUUCAAGUUACCGCUUGCUUUUGAAGACUCUGAGACGUUAGGUUGUGUGACGCGUUACCAAGAAACCAUUCGUGCCAAAGCCCCUUGGCUGCCUAACAACGUGGAUUUCAUCGCAGACAUCAAUGGCAUUACUCACAAAGCUGUUGAAGACAUGUUGUAUAGUGCUAGGUUCCUGGUUUUGGGUUUGGGUGACGUUUUUCUCGGCGCCCCAUGUGCCGUUCCCUUAGACCCCCGUCACAGACUACUUGGGUCAAAGUACAAUCCUUCUAGAACAUACACAAAGAACGGAACUGUCGGUAUUGGUGGGAUGUACAUGUGUAUCUACGCAAUGGACUCUCCUGGCGGCUACCAACUGGUGGGUCGAACCAUACCAAUUUGGGAUAAAUUAAAACUUGGAGCUCACUCCUCUGAGCACCCAUGGAUGCUCACUCCGUUCGACCAAGUUGAAUUCUACCCUGUGAGUGAAGAGGAGCUGAAUAAAUUUACCGAAGAGUGUGAAAAUGGUCAAUUCCCUGUACAGGUUGAGGACAGCAUCUUCGACCAUAAGCGUUAUUUGCAGUGGAUUUCAGAAAAUAGUGAGUCAAUUGAGGGAUUCCAGAGAUCUAUUGGUGGAGAGAAGGCGGAGGAGUUUUCGAGACUAAUGCAAAAGUCCAACGAGGAACUUGAAAGCUCCAUUUCAACUGUGGCUGUUGAAGAGGAAGAGUUCCCAGAAGACGCAGAGAUGGUGUAUUCCGAAUAUUCAGGUAGAUUCUGGAAGUCACUGGUUUCUGUGGGGGAUUCAGUCAAGGCGGGUGACUCUCUGAUUGUCGUUGAGGCUAUGAAAACUGAAAUGGUUGUUUCAGCGCCAAAGGAUGGAAAGAUCUUUAAGAUCAAACACAAGAACGGUGACAUGGUUGAUGCGGGUGAUAUCGUUGUAAUUAUUCAAUGA